AUGAUAGUCCAGCAUGGGAACAGUAUGUGUCAGACCCUUUUUCAAUGCUGUUCCCCAUGGCAAAGAUUAAUUCUUUUCUAUGCAAUGAAAGACGAUUUUAUCUCAAUCUCUAAUAAUCUACAAGGAUGCUUUCCUUUGCAGAGGAUACUUAGACUUGCAAGCUUGCCUGAAGAAGUAGCCAUAUAUGAGGAAGCAUUUAAAGGCCAUAUAUUGGAACUUUCUAUGACUAAAAAUUCAUCUCUUGUGAUUAAAGUGCUUUGUGAACGAGAAAAUCAUCAUUUUAUUAUUACUGAGAUUAUAGGACAUGCCAGAGAAUUGGCAACUAACAAGUUUGGCUACGUUAUCAUGAAGAAAUGCGUCAAAGACUCUCAGAUUUUCAAUGAAUUGCUAGAACAAGCUAUUAUGCUAAUAGAAGACAAAUAUGGAAAUUAUGUGAUUCAGCAUAUGAUUGAUAAUAUGCAAGAAGAAUGCUCCUUAUCAAUCAUAAAUUGUAUAAAAGGGAAGGCCUUAGAGCUUUGUAUACAGGAAUAUUCGUCAAAUGUGAUGAAUAAGUGCAUGAAAGAAGAAAGAAUGAGGUGUGCGAUUAUUAAUGAAUUGAUAAGAGGAGGGAGUAUGCAAACAGUGCUGGAGAAUCCUUAUGGCUGCUAUGUGCUGAGGACUGCUGCUCUGGAAGCAGAAACAGGGACAGAGAGGGAAGGAUUGAAGAGAGCGAUUUUAGUAGCAAUUCCUCAGAUUCGUGAAAAAAAUAACAGCGCAUGGUGGGAAGAAAUUAUAUCUUAUCUUAACGCCCCUACCGCCCCCUAGUUAUCCAGCAAAAAAAUCUUGCUUGCUAGUCAAGGGGAUUCAAUUAAAAUUCUAACAAACAUUUUUUUGUGGUUAAGGACGUAAGCUGUUUAAGAUUUAAUAGAAAUAGCUAUUAUAUUUUCAUUUGUAUAAAAAAUUUCUGAAUUAAAUAAUUUUUUUCACUCUGCACCUUAGAUAGUUAAUUUUCCUAAAAUAUGAAUUUUCUGAUAGUUUACUCACUAAACAAGGAGGGGUUAAAAGUGUAAACUAA